AUGACAGCGUUGGCCAGACUAGUACUAGCGGGUGAUGAUAAGCUAGCCAGCCUAGUGUCGCAAGUAUACCUCGCGCUCGAAAGCGACCCAUUACACCCUCUCUAUGAACACCUCGACCGUGUUCAAACAAUUUUGGUAUAUCUGUGUGCUCCAAAUCCGGAAACUAGGAAACACAUGCGGUCAGAUCUAAUGCAAUUAGCAGCCGACCUCUCUCCUAGACCUAAUGUCCACACCAGUACCUCCCUUCCCAAUCCUAAUACUUGUACCAAUACAUCCGUCACGUCCUCUCAGAAAAGGUCGGCCUCUUGCUCAAAAUUGGAACAGCCCAAAGUCACUGAGAAACGACCCUUAAAACGUGCACGCGCGGGACCGUAUGAUAUGGUCGUGGAUUUGGGAAAUCCCCCCAAAAAAUUGCAGAAAGGUAAUGCAUCGAUAAUUCCCAAUGUCCAUGACGGACAAGCGGCUUCUUUUACUCCAAUGGCAACAAGUGAACAGCAAUCGCUACUGCAAUCCAGCCGUAUGCAGCAUACUUCUCUGACUUCUGGGCUGAACCAAAUACAGGAAGGUAAUGUGCCGCCCGUCGGUAAUAGCUUUGUCGCAGAUAUUAUCGGAGGACAACAAUUGCAGCCGCUGCCUUUUGUAGUGAGAACCAACGGUGGCUUUGCUCCUGUAUAUAGUGAUGGUUUUGGGAAUAUUUAUAACUCUCCGCCAUCUUAUAAUACGGAUGACAUAUAA